AUGCAUUACUAAAAGAGAGACACAUAUGAAAAGGAAAUGAAUAAUUUUAAUUUGGUAAAAAAAUAGGACUUCGAAUAGAAGGACUUUUACGAGAAAUGUAAUAAUAACUAGUUAGUGCUUUGUGAAUUAAAAUAAUUUGAGAAUAUUCAGAAAUCAUAUAGGGCUGAUCUAAAGCUUAAAGAAUCUGACUACUAUUCCUCCUUUACAUUUUUCAAUUCUGUUACUAUAUUAUAAUAGAAUAUGAGUAACCUAAACUAAAUUUUUGAAUAAAGAGAUGAUGAUUUAUACAGUGUUUGGCUCUGGGAAUAAGGCUUAGAGAAACUAGUGAUAGUUGAUGAUCAAAUACCAUGUAAAUUGAGUGGGAAUUAUCCUCAUUUGGCAACAAUUGUUUCAGAAUACCAAUGGCCUUUAAUUUUGGAGAAAGCAAUAGGAAAAAUGUUAGGUUUUUAAUAUAACUCGUUUAAGGCUUUAAAGAAUGAUUCAAUUGAAUUCUAUUUACAAGUAAUCUUCUUAAAAUUAUCAAAUUAGAUGAUAACUGGAUAAUUGAUAUAUGAAUAAUAGUUUCAAUCGUUUGAAGAUUUAAAGAGAAAAAUGAAAGACAAAUCAAAUAUUUUAUUCGUCAAAUAUUAGUAAGAUUCUAAGACCAUAGCCUCUGUAAUUGCUAUACCUACAAGUGAGGGUUAAGACUAAUUAAAACUGAUUAAAUUGAUUGCUCCAAAUUCGGAAUCUAUUUAUUUUUAAGGUAUUCUUAAAAUGUUAGGCUGUAGGCAGGUAAAAAGUUGAUUCUCUUUGUUAUUUAAGUUGGGAGGAGUUUAAUAAGAAUUUUCAAAGUGUUCAUGUUUUAACAUGGAAGGAUGAUUACAGAGUAACUGCAAUCUCUUUAGAGAACCCAAUUAAGAGAACAACUGACAUCAUUGAGCACACUUAUUGUUACAAAUUUACAAUAGAAAAUUAGGGCGACUAUUAGUGCACAUUAUGGUAGAAAGAUUUUGUAAUCGAGGAGAAUGAGAUAAUAAUAAGGAGUCAAAAUGAAAAAAAAUAAAUCGGUUUACUCAGAAUGUUACUGUUUUAGAAAUUGGAGUCUAAUUAAUAUUAAUUCAUUGAUGGAUGUUGUGACUUUUAAUGCAACAUUUCUAUAAAUCCAUUCCUUGAAAAGGGUGAAUACUUAAUCCUUUGUCAAGCAUACUUUAAUAAUUUUGAAAAGGAUUCUUAAAAUCCAUAAUAACAAUGUUUUGAUCUAAAUUUCUCAAUUAAAGGAGUAAUUGCGCCUCCAAAUAUAUAUCCUGAUGAUUAAUUUGAAUAACAAAAGAUAAAUCUAAUUAAAACCUUAAUAUAACAUACAUUAUCCCAGGGUAAAAAAAGAUCUGUUAUUUCCAAUCAUUAAUAACAAACAAGUGUGAUUACCAACCAAAUAUAUGGAUUUCUGUACUUCUAUUAUGAAAAUAGAGGGAAAAUUGAUAUUUAGGAAUAAAUAGAAUUUAAGGAAUUAGGAUACUUAAUCCGGUAUGAUUCAUUAAAAAAGGAGAACCAAGUUUUGGUAGAAGUCAAUAAAAAUUGCUUUUAAAUUCUGUUGUUUACUUUAGAUCCAGAAAUUAUCAAGAAAUCAGGGAACACAAGUUUUCAAUACAAAUAUUCACAUGCCAUAGCAGAUAGCUGUAAGCUCCAGAUUGAAAAGUAGAACAUAUUGUUUCAAAUUAAAGCAGAUGAAAAAACAAGGAAGAUAGAGUGUGAUAAGAUUAUUGCAUAUGUAACUCCACAUCACUCAGGUAUAUAUUAAAUUAUAAUAAGGAAUUAUUAUAUAGGUUGAAAAUAAUAAUCUUGAAUAGGAUGCAUAAGUAGAAUUAAAAUUCACUGAAUUGACGAAUCUCACGAUAGAAGAAAGUUCUCAAUUUAAAGUUGUUGGUUCUUCAAUCCAUUUCUCUAUUCAAAAAAAAACUGAAGAGUAAUUAUAUUUUGAUAUAGCUGUACCAGAACAGUAUUAUGGCUGUAAGGUGGAUAUGGAAAUCACUAUAUUAUAGUGA